GUUGACUAAAAUCCCUUAUUUUGGCUGCUGAUCCCUUAUUUUCAAAUCUGUAAGUUGACAGCUAUGGGUUGCAGAGCGGUGACAUUUUGCAUUCAGCCUUUUAUUUUUCCUGCACCCUUGAGCUGUAGCCAUCAAUUCCCAGACAGCCUCUUGACUUUCCAAACUCCUCCUUGGUCCCUGGGCUGCCUGCCUCCUGUUUGCCACUCCCAGGUCCAUCGAGCAGCAGUUGGAUAGAGCCCCAGCGACCUUUGACCCUUGCAGCUAUUCAGGCAGCCAGACCUUCGAGCACCAGGAGCGACAACACCUGGCCUUCCCAACCACCUGAGAAGCUGACAAAACAAGCUCCCUGUUGAUGGACCAGAGAACCCUGAAGCUCCGUCUGGCCAGAGCAUGGGUGGUCGUGCUCUGCCUGCAGGGCCUCUGUAGCUUGGUGCUGGCCAAUCCUCCCGACUUGCUGUUGGAUGGAGCUGCGUGGGCCCUGCCUGAAGAUGCCACCCAAGAGCAGGGCUACUACCUGCAGCAGCUCUUUGGGCAGUAUGGCGAGAAUGGCACCUUGUCCUUCGAAGGCCUCACUCGCCUGCUGCUGAGCCUGGGGCUCGGAAAGGUGCAGGUGGUGGAGAUUGAACAUGAGGAGCUAGGCCACGGCCAUGUGUCCCACCUGGACAUUCUGGAAGUCCAAGACAACAAGCACUUGCAUUCGCACUCGGCGCUGGAGCACCUCGGCAAGACCCAAGCAGAAAGCGCCACCCCCACCAGGCCUGGAAUCCCUCAGUCGGGCCAUGCCACUCAAACACCUGUUCAUCCUGAACUCCGUGACGUCAGACCUGUCACCAAGCCUACCUUUUGGCAAACUCCAGAGCAGCCUGGGGGUGCCAAAGAAGACCUUUCCAAACCUUCCCAGGGCCACUCUGGCCUAAAUCUUCUAGAGAGAGUUAUUGCUUUGGAUCACUCUGUCUACAAUCACCUGCAUGAAGAUUGUCUCAACGUAUCACAGCUGCUAGUCAAUUUUGGGCUGAACUCUGUCUCCAAGAUCACGCCAGAGCAGUUCACACUGCUGUGUCCUGCUUUGCUCUACCAGAUUGACAGCCGCGUUUGCAUCCAGCACUACGAUGAGGUAGCUUUCGGCAUGGCAGGAAGUUCUCUCUGGAGUGGUCUGGGCUGGGGAUGUUUGGCUAUCACCCUGACUAGCUUGCCAUCUGCCCUGGCCAUAGUUCUCGUUCCUCUCUUCAACCGCGAGCUCUUCCAUUUCCUUCUCGCUUUCCUGGUGGCCUUGGCUGUGGGGACGUUGUGUGGGGACGCACUGCUGCAUCUCUGGCCGCACGCUCAGGCCAGGCCCCAUGGACUUCUGUCACCAAAACAAGAACCAAUGACCUCGGCGGAAGACGCAGUCCUGAAGGGCCUCUGCGUUCUGGGCGGUAUUUACCUACUGUUCCUAAUUGAGAAUCUCAUGGGAACGCUCAAGAGGAUUCAAGUCAAAAAGAAGGGCGCCACCGGAAAGCCGCUUGAACCAUCUCCAGCUGCGGUGGGUGACAACGGCAUUGCUGGUUUGAGGACAUCUCAUGGUGCUGAAUCCCAGAGCCUGACGGUGGCAGAAGGAGGAGCUGACAGCCUCUACGGGGAAGUCCAGGACUGCUCUGUCCAAAUUCGCAGCUCAGAAGAGUGUGGAGGAAGUUCAGAGAGGCAGGAAGAAGAGCUCCAUCAGCACCAUGCUCACGGCCAUUCCCACAGUCCAGCUGGAGCCCUCAAGGCUGGGAUAGCCGACAUCGCUUGGAUGGUUAUUCUAGGGGAUGGGAUACACAACUUCACAGAUGGACUGGCCAUUGGAGCUGCUUUCUCUGAUGGAAUCUCCAGCGGUUUAAGCACUACGGUGGCAGUAUUUUGCCACGAACUGCCCCAUGAACUUGGGGAUUGCGCUGUCCUGCUGCAGGCUGGCAUGCCAGUCCGACAGGUGUUCCUCUUCAACCUGCUGUCUGCUUUCCUGGCUUACUUGGGCGCAGUAGUAGGGACGCUCAUUAGUCGGAGCACCAUGCAAGUCACGCCCUGGAUUUUUGCCAUCACGGCUGGUAUUUUCCUGUACGUGGCACUGGUGGACAUGCUGCCUGAAAUGCUGCAGAGGAGCUCUAGCAGGGGCAAGAAGGGCUCCCUUGCCCACUUCCUUCUCCAGAACCUGGGCUUCCUCACUGGAGGAGUCCUCAUGGUCUGCAUCGCUCUCUUUGAAGGGCAGAUCAGUUUCCAUUUGGACGGGUAGCCCUCUUCAGCAGGAAACUCCAGAACACAAGAUGGAUCGAAGGCGAUGCCCCCUCCGACUUCAAGCACGAUUGCACCUUUCCUCUUAACUCUAUAAGAGGGGCUACAGAUUUGCUCCAUCUUCCUGUCCGCAGGAGUUGGAGAAAGAACUCAGUGGGAGAGAACAGAAGGAACAGCUUAUUGUCCCCAUGUUUUGUGUGGCAGCAAAACAGGGUGCCAAAGUAAGGGCAAGAGUGCCUUUGUGGCUUGGAUGAAAGGAAGAAAGUUGUGCUUAGUCGCUGCAAUCAAUGUGUUGAAAACUCCUUGUGCUUUCUAAAGAGCACUAGUUUGCUCGAGAGAGACUGGACCUAUUGCCACCUCGGAAUGCAAUGUGAGAGAAUUAUUCAAAGGACUACAACUUACUUAGAGAGCCGCUGAUAUGCAAUUUUUCAUGUUUUGGAGCUGAGUUUCCCCAGCAAGUUAUUUCCUGUAAUCCAAGGAUAGAGAACCAGCAGCUGUUGCUGGACUACAACUCCCAUCAUUCCUGUCAGCCUUGCUGGCUGGGUCCAAUGGCAGUUGGUCCAAUCCCUGAUGUAAGCUAUCAGUGUCCUGAGCAUUCAUUAAUAUUUAAGUUGGCAUUAAA